AUGUUUAAGUUAAUGCUGUUAGCGUCAGUGGUGACCGCGAUAUUGGCAAAACCAGAACCACCCGUAAAUUCUUAUCUACCACCGGGAGGAUCUCGAGGCGGUGGUUUUGGUGGUAGUGGUAAUGGAGACAGACCUUUGGACAGUUUUAGACCACCGCCAAUUGAUGGCAAUGGAGCUGGUGGACGACCAUCGAGCUCUUACGGUCCUCCGGGUGGACAAGGUGGUCAAGGAGGACAAAAUGGCGGUGGUGGUGGUGGUGGUUUUGGAAAUCAAGGUAGUCCAGGAGGAAGACCGUCAAGUAAUUAUGGACCACCAGGUUCUCAGGGAGGAAAUGGUUUUGGAGGACAAGGCGGUCAAGGGGGACAAAAUGGUGGUGGUUUUGGCAAUCAGGGGGGUUCAGGGGGAAGACCUUCAAGUAGUUAUGGACCUCCAGGGGCUACUCAAGGAGGAAAUGGUUUUGGUGGGCAGGGAAGUCAAGGAGGACAAAAUGGUGGUGGUUUUGGUAAUCAGGGUAGUUCAGGAGGAAGACCGUCAAGUAAUUAUGGGCCACCAGGUUCUCAGGGAGGGAAUGGUUUUGGAGGACAAGGCGGUCAAGGGGGACAAAAUGGUGGUAGUUUUGGCAAUCAAGGGGGUUCAGGGGGAAGACCUUCAAGUAGUUAUGGACCUCCAGGGGCUACUCAAGGAGGAAAUGGUUUUGGUGGGCAGGGAAGUCAAGGAGGACAAAAUGGUGGUGGUUUUGGUAAUCAGGGAAAUUCAGGAGGAAGGCCCUCAAGUAAUUAUGGACCACCAGGUGCUCAGGGAGGUAACGGUUUUGGAGGACAAGGUGGUCAAGGAGGACAAAACGGUGGUGGUUUUGGAAAUCAGGGAAAUUCAGGAGGAAGGCCCUCAAGUAAUUAUGGACCACCAGGUGCUCAGGGAGGUAACGGUUUUGGAGGACAAGGUGGUCAAGGAGGACAAAACGGUGGUGGUUUUGGAAAUCAGGGAAAUUCAGGAGGAAGGCCCUCAAGUAAUUAUGGACCACCAGGUUCUCAGGGAGGAAAUGGUUUUGGAGGACAAGGCGGUCAAGGGGGACAAAAUGAUGGUGGUUUUGGAAAUCAGGGAAAUUCAGGAGGAAGGCCCUCAAGUAAUUAUGGACCACCAGGUGCUCAGGGAGGUAACGGUUUUGGUGGACAAGGUGGUCAAGGGGGUGGUGUGUCUGAUAGUUACGCCCCUCCUGCUUCUGGUGUUCAAACAGGAUCCGGAGGACAAAAUGGUGGGGGUUAUGGCACUGGAAAUAGCAACGGUAACGGUGGAUCUAAUGAUGAAGAAAGCAAUGAACCAGCUAAAUAUGAUUUUACAUACGAAGUUAAAGAUCCUCAAUCAGGAGUUGAUUUUGGUCAGACAGAAAGCCGAGAUGGUGAUCGAGCACAAGGUAUGUUUAACGUGCUCUUACCAGAUGGAAGAAAACAAAUUGUUGAAUAUGAAGCUGAUCAAGAUGGUUUCAAACCACAAAUAAGAUAUGAAGGUGAAGCCAAUACCGAUGUUGGUGCUAAUGGCGCUGGUGGAGCUGGUAGUAAUAAUGGAUAUCCCUCUGGUGGGCCAAGUGGACCAGGAGGUAACAAUGGAGGUUAUCCUUCAGGUGGUCCAGGUGGAAACAAUGGAGGUUAUCCUUCUGGUGGGCAAGCAGGAAAUGAUGGUGGUUACCCUUCAGGUGGACCAGGAGGCAACAGUGGAGGUUAUCCUUCAGGUGGGCCAGGAGGCAACAGUGGAGGUUAUCCUUCAGGUGGGCCAGGAGGCAACAGUGGAGGUUAUCCUUCAGGUGGACCAGGAGGCAACAGUGGAAGUGGACAAGCAGGAAAUGGUGGUGGUUAUCCGUCAGGUGGGCCAAGUGGGAAUAACGGACGUGGAAGUGGAGGAUAUCCUUCUGGUGGACCAAAUAGAAAUGAUGGAAACAAUGGUUACCCAUCCGGUGGUCCAAGUAAUUUUGGUGAUAAUGGUAAUAACAGAAACGGUGGAGGUGGGUAUCCUUCUGGUGGCCCCGGAGGUAACAACGAAAGCGGGUAUCCAUCAAACCGUCCUAAUGGUGGUGGUAGCGGUGGUGGUGGUGGUUUUGUAGGAUCAUCCGGUGGAAGUGGAAAUGAAGGCUAUCCUUCUGGUAGACCCAGCGGCAACGGUAGUAAUGGCAGUAGUGGUAGAGGAUUUGGAAGUGGAGGCGGAGGUGGAGGUGGAGGUGGAGGCUACCCCUCGGGAAGUGGUGGAGAUGCCGCAGCAAAUGGUGGAUAUCAAUAUUGA